ACUACUUUGAUCCCUUACAAGAGUAAAUUCAAGGGGGCAGCUGAGUGACUCAGUGGAUUGAAUAUCAGUUCUAGAGAUAGGGGGUCCUAGGAUCAAAUCUGACCUCAGACACUUCCUAGCUGGCAAAUUCCUUAACCCCCUUUGCCUAUCCUUGGCUGCUCUUAUUGGUUCUAGGCAGAAGGCAAGGGUUAAAAAAGAGUAAAUUCAAACUAACAGUGAGAGCCACAUUCAUUCUUUUCACCAGAGUUUACUUUUGGAUGUGACAUAAUUGAUAAAUAAGUUUCUCUCUUGCUUUUGACAUGAUCCACUGUUGGUGGGUCAGGCAGGUCAUUUGGACUCAACCAAGAUAAGCUGGAUGAGAAAAAAAGAAUGAACAUAUCUGGCUUGGGUACUUUCCUUAAAAGAACAGUCUAAAAAGAACUUACCCAUCAGAAGAAGAGGCCCAGAAUGGGAAAGCUACAGGGUCAGACUGAAGUUCCAAAGGGGGAAGUCUGAGGCAUUGUAAAAAGAAGUCUGGAAAUUCAGAAGGAAUCCCAAAAGAGAGUGAAAGGAAACACCCAUGGAAAUUCUAUGCACUCUAUUUGUCACUAACAAGGUCUUACCAUUACCCUUCAUCAUGUAUUUCCAAGAGCUGGUUCAACAACUCCACCCUUGACACAGAAACACACACACACACACACACACACACACACACACACAUAAACACAAACACAAGUUGUCAAGAAACAAGUACCAGUGCAUGCAUGCUUCCAGGACUGUAUCCUCAAUAGCCCUUUCCCCCUACCUCUCAUGUAUAAUUCACAUUUAACAGUAGGCCCAACUUUGCCCAGCUAAUACAUUAUUUUUUCUCCAAAGGAUAUUAACACUUAGCAGAGCAAAAACAAAAAACAAAACCUAUCAAUAGUGCCACAGCAAGGCAUUUUUCUUAAGACUCUUUCCAGCCAGGACACCUGGCCAGGAAGGUGAGAAUCGAGAACUGAAGUUUUCUUCCACCAGACUAAGUGAAUCGAUUUCCCUUUUGGAAGGCUACCCCAAUGGGUCCCUACAUUGCACCAACUACAAUUCACAAUCUCAAUUCAAAAGUCUGGUUGACCCAAAAGAGGUCAGUUUAGCAUAUUGAGAGGAGCAACGCACAGAUUUGUUCCUUCUUCUUCACCAGUCCAACAAGCUGUUGCUAGUCUCCCAGAGGGGCUGAAUGUCAAUAUGAUGUAGGUCCAAACUAAUUUAUCGCCUGCUUACCGCUUGGGCAAUCUUGAGGGGAAGCCCUAAUAGCCCCACCACUUGCCUUUGUGAGAGUUGGGGGCUCCCACCAGGAGGGCAGAUAUUGAGCAGAGGCAAAACAGCUCAAACAUUUCCAACUCCUGCCAGUGCCACAUGUGAUCACUGGGGCUCCUCCUCCCAUUUCAGCUCAGCUGCGCCAGAUUCGUAGCUUUGGGGAGCGGGGGGGGGGGGAGGUCUGAUUUGGAGACCAGCUCAGACUCCCAACUCCUCUUGGACUCUAGUUCUGCAGCUUCCGUAGCUCCUCAGCAGGCAUCUGUUUUCCUUCCUAUGUGUCAGCUACAGCUGUAGUAGGGAAACAGGGGAGAAAAAGAAGGGCGAUAGCAGCAUCAGGUAUCAUGAGCUCCUGCUGAGUUCCUGGAAGAGAAAGGAAAAGGAGGCGGCCGCAGCGGCGGCGGCAGCAGCAAAAGCAGCAGCAGCAGGAGCAGCAGCAGCAGGAGCAACAGCAGCAGCAGCAGCAGCAGCUUUGGCGGCGGCAGAGGCUCCGCUUAGCUCUAGGCUCCUCAACCUGCUGUUCAUACCCGGCCCUGGAGAUUCUUUUUCUUCCUCAUAGGGGAAGGCAAAGGCUCCCCUAUGAAUCGCAAGGCAAGCGAGAAUGUGGAGUAUACCCUGCGGAGCCUGAGCAGCCUCAUGGGCGAGAGGCGGAGGAAGCAACAAGAUCCAGACUGGGCCAGCGCCACUGGGGAACAGAGCCUUAUUGCUGCCACUGAGUCGUUCUGUAGCCUGCAGGGUAGUGGUGGCCCCGGCCCUGGCUCAAGUACUAGUAGCGGGGACUUGGAGCGGGCAGCGCGGCGGCAGUUCCAACAGGACGAGACCCCUUCCUUCGUCUAUGUAGUGUCGGUCUUCUCAGCCCUGGGCGGCUUCCUCUUUGGCUAUGACACCGGAGUGGUGUCCGGGGCUAUGCUGCUGCUGAAGCGGCAGCUUAGCUUGGAUGCGCUGUGGCAGGAAUUGCUGGUGUCUGGAACUGUGGGGGCGGCUGCCGUCUCGGCUCUGGCCGGCGGGGCCCUAAACGGCGUAUUUGGACGCCGCGCCGCCAUCCUGCUGGCCAGUGCGCUUUUCACUGCUGGCUCCGUGGUGCUGUCGGUGGCGCAAAAUAAGGAGACGCUGUUGUGCGGCCGAGUUGUCGUGGGACUAGGGAUCGGUAUUGCUUCCAUGACAGUACCAGUGUACAUCGCAGAAGUUUCUCCACCGAAUUUAAGAGGCAGAUUAGUUACUGUCAACACACUGUUCAUCACAGGAGGGCAGUUCUUUGCAAGUAUUGUUGAUGGAGCCUUCAGUUAUCUACCAAAGGAUGGAUGGAGGUAUAUGUUGGGCCUCUCAGCCAUCCCAGCAACAAUACAGUUCCUUGGGUUUCUCUUUCUACCAGAAAGCCCAAGAUGGCUCAUUCAGAAAGGACAGACACAGAAGGCUCGGAGAAUUUUGUCACAGAUACGCGGCAACCAGAUAAUUGAUGAAGAAUAUGAUACUAUAAAAAAUAGUAUUGAAGAGGAGGAAAAAGAAGUUGGUUCAGCUGGACCUGUGAUCUACAGAAUGCUGACUUAUCCUCCAACUCGCCGAGCUUUAAUUGUGGGUUGUGGCCUACAAAUGUUCCAACAGUUAUCAGGCAUUAACACCAUCAUGUAUUAUAGUGCAACCAUUUUGCAAAUGUCAGGAGUUGAAGAUGAUAGACUUGCAAUAUGGCUAGCCUCAGUAACAGCUUUCACAAAUUUCAUCUUCACACUAGUAGGAGUCUGGCUGGUUGAGAAAGUGGGCCGAAGAAAAUUGACACUUGGUAGCUUAGCAGGUACUUCUGUAGCGCUCAUUAUCCUUGCUUUGGGAUUUUUGCUGUCAGCUCAGGUCUCACCACAAAUCUCUCUUAAGCCAACAACUCCUUCAGAUAAAAACUCCUCUUGCACAAAAUACAGCUCCUGUGAUGGAUGCAUGCUUGAUCCAGGCUGUGGGUUCUGCUAUAAAAUGAACAAAUCAGAUGUUGUAGACUCUUCAUGCAUUCCAGUCAAUAAAGAGUCAACAAACGAAGCUGCUUGGGGCAGAUGUACAAAUGAAACCAAAUUCAAAGCAGAACAAUUAUUUUGGGCAUACAAUUUCUGUCCAACUCCAUAUUCCUGGACUGUACUUAUGGGCCUUAUUUUAUAUCUAGUUUUCUUCGCACCUGGAAUGGGACCAAUGCCUUGGACAGUGAAUUCUGAAAUCUAUCCACUUUGGGCAAGAAGUACAGGAAAUGCAUGUUCAUCUGGAAUAAAUUGGAUUUUCAAUGUUCUAGUUUCCCUAACUUUUCUACAUACAGCAGAGUACCUUACAUAUUAUGGAGCCUUCUUUCUCUAUGCUGGAUUUGCUGGUUUGGGACUCAUUUUCAUCUAUAGUUGUCUUCCUGAGACCAAAGGAAGAAAACUAGAGGAAAUUGAAUCACUGUUUGAAAACAAAUUGUGUACAUGUGGUACUUUAGAUUCUGAUGAAGGGAGAUAUAUAGAAUAUAUUCGGGUGAAGGGAAGUAAUUACCAUCUUUCUGACAAUGAUGCUUCCGAUGUGGAAUAAGUUUCAGCUGCUGACCUAUCUAACCAUUAAAAAAUACUUUCUGGGUUAAAAAUAACAGUUUUUGGUGACCUCACUAUACUGUUUCUGAUCUGGUUCUUUUUUCUUUAGUUCUAAUUUUGAAUAGCUUCAUAAUUCUAAAAUAUUUAGAAAGAUUAUAUAGACUAAAUUUUAUUCUGGAACAGAGAUAAGAAAAUCGAUUUGAAGAUAUCUAAAUUUAUCAAUUCCUGGUCAAAAUCUGAUAGUCUCUUGUGUGAAUUUUUUUUUCAUAUACUGUAUUAUUCCCAUUUGGGUUCUGGAUCAGAGGCUCUGAUCAAUCAGAUUAUAUUUCCUUUGUUCUUAGAACUCCAAGGAAUGAACCACCCACCCACCAAAACCUGAUUAAUAGGUAAAGGAGACAAUGAUUCUCUAUCUACCUUUGUGACCCCCCCCCCCCAUUACUAUGAGGUUGGGAAAAGGUUGCAAAUUUGAUGAACUAUCUCCCAAUUAACUAUUUACCAGUUAGAGUCUUGGGAUAUUCGAAGGAGGAGCUGAAUAAUAAGCUCACACAAUGAUAUUUAGGAACCUAGGCCAGGGUAGUUGGGGUCUUUUCAUUGUUGAAUCAUUUGACCAGAUUAGGAUGUCUUGACCAGUAAAUUAAUAAAGUAAUUUAAAAUCCAGAAA